AGCGGUUCUUCACCCGACGGGCAACUGUGUCGAUCUGAAGAGUGGCCUGAAGCGUGCUGACCAAGUCAUCGACUUAAUCUUCUUCUCGAUUGCUUCUACCCUGUUCACCUGUUGCGCGCAUCCGCAGUCGCAUCCGCAGUCGCAGUCGCGGUCAAACCUACAGUACAUACACCCGGUCCCUCAAGCCCCAUCAAUAGCAAUGCUAUGCUCGGGAAAAUUCGUAUGCGACCUACCGUGACAUGACAACACUCUUGAUCUUACAGGACCCCAAGGACCGAUAGUUUCGCAUGGAACGCCAAUAUAAACCUCACCCCUAUUCUCCUUGCCAUGCCUUCAUUAUCCGAGUAUUCACAUCCUUACGGCCGGUCCAGCAUCGCAGGCGAUUCUGGCUCAGACGACGACCUCGAUCUAGAAGAGCUCGACCCAAGCACAACUCAGCUCUACGGAGCACAUCGUCUUUCGAGAGAAGAAGAGAACCAACAAAGGAGCCGUGGCCCGGGGAUAGCUUUGCGAAACCUUCGCGUUGGAGUUGGGAAUCGGUGGAAGCGAAACACAUUUGGAACACAUGGAGGGCUGGCAGAUACAGACGAAUUACUUGAGGACCAGGAUCGCGAUGACGACGGACUGCGGAGGUCUCACGCCAGUUCGCGCACGUACACCGAUGAUGAUGCCCCUCUGCUCCACGAACGCCGGCGUAGCUCUGCUCGCUCGUUAAAAGAUGCGGAGCGGCUGUCGCAGAAGGGCUCUCGGCUCCGGAUUCCCGGCCUCAAAACUGCAAGCGCUUGGUUCGGGUCCUCUAAUCGUCCAGCGGCAGAGGAGCUCAAUCCUACCGAGACAAAGCCCCCGCGCGAUGUUUUCGUCGCCCAAACGCAGCGGUUAAGAUACCCACCGAACAUUGUAUCGAACGCAAAAUACACGCCCUGGAGCUUUCUGCCCCGGACCCUGUACAACGAAUUCUCUUUCUUUUUCAACAUCUAUUUUCUCCUUGUCGCCCUGUCACAGAUCAUCCCUGUGCUCCGGAUAGGUUACAUGUCUUCAUAUAUCGCGCCUCUCGCAUUUGUUGUUUCGAUUUCGCUCGGUAAGGAGGCUUUAGAUGACAUUGGUCGCCGGCGCAGAGAUGCAGAGGCAAAUGCGGAGGAAUUCACUGUCUUGAGUUUCGAUAGACCGACGGGUGUUCUUGAAGUAACGAGGAGAUCACGCGACUUGAAAGUCGGCGACGUCUUGAAGGUUCGCAAAAAUCAACGCCUGCCCGCAGAUGUAGUGAUUCUCCAAAGUCUCUCCAAUGACAUCUCUGCUCGCGGAAACUCCUCUAUGGAUCGACCCCUGAAUCUCUUACCUGACGACCAUGGCGAUGAGCCCAGCGCGAGUGGCGCGACAAAUGAACUCAACAACCCUUCGGCCUGCGACACAUUCAUCCGUACGGAUCAAUUAGAUGGAGAGACUGAUUGGAAGUUACGUUUGCCUUCACCUUUGUCUCAAAAUUUAGUUCCCCGCGAUUUUACUCGACUUAAAGUCACUGCAAGCGCACCUGAUAAGCGGGUCAACGAGUUUGUUGGUACCAUCGAGCUGGGAUCGUCUUCUUACGACCCGCAUGUGGACAAAUCCAACCACGAACGAGACCGGGAGGAUCAGGACUCACAGCCUAAUUCUGCUCCAUUGACGAUUGAUAACACCGCGUGGGCAAAUACCGUCCUUGCGUCUAAUACUAUCACCUACGCUGCAAUCAUCUACACCGGUUCACAAACGCGCGCGGCUUUGUCGACGUCUCCGUCUCGGUCGAAGGUCGGAUUACUGGAAUACGAGAUUAACAACCUGACCAAGAUCCUGUGCAUUCUAACUUUAGCACUUUCGAUUGUUCUAGUUGCGCUUGAAGGGUUCCAGCCUACUAAUGACAAAGUCUGGUAUGUUGCCAUCAUGAUUUAUUUGAUCCUAUUCUCGACGAUCAUCCCGAUGAGUUUGCGGGUAAAUCUAGAUAUGGCAAAAUCGGUGUACGGACGAUUCAUUGAAAAGGACAAGGAUAUACCAGGGACUGUCGUAAGGACUAGCACUAUACCCGAAGAUCUUGGCAGAAUCGAAUACCUUCUUUCCGACAAGACAGGCACUUUGACUCAGAAUGAGAUGGAGCUCAAGAAAAUUCACGUUGGGACCGUCUCGUACGCCAAUGAAGCGAUGGAGGAGGUGGCCUCAUAUGUCAAGCAAAGCUUCGCCGGAGACUCUUUAACUACUCCAUCAGCUGUCUUCGGAACGCAAGCUGGGUCUGGAGCGGCUCCGCGCACAAGAAGGGAGAUUGGCUCCCGCGUUCGAGAUAUCGUCUUGGCUCUUGCGCUUUGUCACAAUGUCACCCCCACUACCGAUGAAGAGGAUGGUGUCAAAGUCACCAAUUACCAGGCAUCGUCGCCGGAUGAGAUUGCCAUUGUUCAGUAUACAGAGGAAGUAGGACUGAAACUGGCUUACCGCGAUCGAAAGACCAUGGUUCUGGAAUCUACCCACACUGGUAAUGUUGUUGUGCGGGCUCGGAUACUCGAAUUGUUUCCAUUCACGUCCGAAAGUAAGCGGAUGGGCAUUAUUGUACAGUUCGAGACAGACGAAAGCAUCCUGGACUCGUCCAAAAAUGAAAGCGAAAUUUGGUUCUACCAAAAGGGAGCGGACACUGUCAUGACCACAAUCGUCGCGGCCAACGAUUGGCUUGAUGAAGAAACCGCAAACAUGGCUCGUGAGGGCCUGCGGACUUUGGUGGUUGGAAGAAGGAGAUUAUCUGAGCAGCAAUACGCGGACUUUACAACAAAGUACAGACAAGCUUCGCUUGCCUUGCAAGGAAGAGAUGCAGGUAUGGCCAAGGUGAUUGAUGAUUACCUAGAACGAGAUCUGGAACUUCUCGGUGUGACUGGUGUGGAGGACCGUCUACAAAGGGACGUCAAACCCUCCUUGGAGCUCCUCCGCAACGCCGGAGUGAAGAUCUGGAUGUUGACGGGGGACAAAGUCGAGACUGCUCGCUGUGUUGCAAUUUCAGCCAAAUUGGUCGCUCGGGGACAGUACAUUCACACUGUUGCUAAGAUCAGAGACAAGUCUUCGGCUCAAGAAGCCCUGGAUUUUCUUCGCAACAAGACUGAUUGCUGCCUUCUUAUUGACGGAGAAUCUCUUGCUCUUAUGCUCAGUCAAUUCCGCACAUCGUUCAUAUCCGUUGCCGUUCUCCUCCCCGCCGUCAUCGCCUGCCGCUGCUCUCCCACUCAAAAGGCCGAAGUCGCCGAUCUCAUCCGCCACCACACCAAGAAACGCGUCUGCUGCAUCGGCGACGGCGGAAACGACGUGUCUAUGAUUCAAGCCGCAGAUGUCGGUAUCGGUAUUGUCGGCAAAGAAGGCCGACAGGCCUCUUUGGCUGCAGAUUUUAGCAUCACUCAGUUCCACCACCUUACUAAGCUUCUUGUUUGGCAUGGCCGCAACUCGUACAAACGAUCCGCCAAACUGGCGCAGUUCAUUAUGCAUCGCGGUAUUAUCAUCAGCGCUUGCCAGACCAUGUAUAGCAUCGCCAGCCAUUUCGACCCCAAGGGCCUGUUCAUCAACUGGCUUAUGGUCGGUUACGCGACGAUUUACACCAGCGGGCCUGUUUUCUCUCUCGUUUUCGAUCGCGAUGUCGAUGAAGAACUUGCCAACCUCUACCCGGAGCUGUACAAGGAACUCAAAACGGGCCGCAGCCUCAGUUACCGGUCUUUCUUCACCUGGGUUUUCGUCUCGGUUUUCCAAGGUGCGGUCAUUCAGGGCCUAUCUCAGAUCCUCCUCGACUCCAUCACGGGCCCUCGCCUCAUCAGCGUCUCCUUCACUGCGCUAGUAAUCAACGAGCUUCUCAUGGUCGCCAUCGCCAUUACCACGUGGCAUCCCUUCAUGAUCUUCUCUAUCAUUGGUACCGCUCUUGUCUACGCCGCGAGUGUUCCCUUCCUUGGCGACUACUUCGAUCUAGCCUACAUAAUCACCCUCGAUUGGCUGUGGCGCGUGGUCGCCGUUAGCGCAGUCGCUGUCGUCCCUGUCUGGGCCGGUAAGCUGAUUAUGCGGUCCUGGAGUCCGCCUAGUUACCGGAAGGUUCGCGGGUGAAAUUGUGGUAUAUACGUGGAGGCCCAUUUCCCUGCCAUCUCCCCUUCACCUUAGACUUGAGCUUUGUUCAACCUGGACGCCCCUCUUGUACGCUUCAGCUCGCCUUUUUACUCGUGCCCUCUAUCCAACUCUUCAACCGUAACCCCUUUCACCUACUACAAGAAAACUUAAUCGAUAGAUUAUUCCGUUGGUUUGCUUGGGUCUUACAAACCCGUUUCAUAGCUAGCAC